ACAGUGCAGGCUGAAAAGAUGAGGAAGGCAGCAAGAACCACCUGUUCUUGCAAAAUAUGAUCUGUAUAUUUUGGCAGUGAAAACUGCAUAGAUCUUGGACCUGGAUCGCUUUGCAUCAAUGGCAUCUCUUGCUCUUGACAAACUAAGAAAAUAUUUAUUCACCAUCCUCAUACAGAAAGAGAAGAGUUUUAGAAAUGAUACUAUGUUGAUACUUGCUCAUUCGAAUGAGCAUAUUUAUUAUGAGUGUCUUUCCUUUCAUUAUAAGCGACAUCACAUAUAUCGCUUCUACCAAUAAUUAUUGAGGAAGAAGAAAAACAACUCAAAAUAAUUUGCACAUGCUUUUUCCGUUUAAACUGAGCAUCCAUUUUCUAGCCAAAUCCCGAGAAUGGCUGAGGAUUGCAUUUUUCUAGAUACGGAAUUCAGUGACUUUAUUCUUUGUAAUGUCUCUACUGAUCAACAUACUAAUUUCUCUCUCUCGGGUGAGGACUUGUUUUAUUACAGAUUCCUAUAUGCAAUUCCUGCUAUUUAUGGGAUCAUCAUUUUGAUUGGGCUGGUUGGCAAUAUCACCCUGAUCAAAAUCUUUUGUACAGUAAAGUCUAUGAGAAAUGUCCCUAAUUUGUUCAUUUCCAGUCUGGCUUUUGGAGACUUGCUUCUUUUGAUCACCUGUGUUCCUGUGGAUGCUAGUAGAUUCUUGUCUCCUGAAUGGCUCUUUGGUCGAGUUGGAUGUAAACUUAUCCCUUUUAUCCAGCUUACUUCAGUGGGGGUGUCAGUCUUCACCCUCAUGGCUCUCUCUGCGGACAGCUCCAGGAUGGGCCAUCCACCACAGUCAGAAGGCAGGAAUGGAUAACAUCAUGUUCUCCCUACCUUCAUCAUGCCGG